UAGAAACCUCUCACCCUUUUUCACCUCCUUAUCUUUCUUCUACUUCUACUUCUACUUCUACUUCAAAAUAAUCAACUUUUUGUUAAGAAAUUUUGCAAGUAAAUUCUUCAAUGGCUACCCUCUCUCUUCCAAAGCAUUCUCUUCCUUUCACUCUUCCAUCCCAAACCCCAAAAUUCCAUUCUUCUCAAAACCUCUCUAUCAUCUCUAAAUCAUCACAAUCCCAAUUUUAUGGCCUCAAAUUCUCACAUUCUUCUUCUGUCUCCUCCCCUUCCACUUCCCGUUCUUUCAAAGCUGCCAUUGUUGCUAAGAUUACUGAAGGAAGUAUGGCACCUGCAUUCACUUUGAAAGAUCAAGAUGGAAAGAAUGUGAGCUUGACCAAAUUUAAGGGGAAGCCUGUUGUUGUUUACUUUUACCCUGCUGAUGAAACUCCUGGUUGCACCAAACAGGCUUGUGCUUUCAGAGACUCGUAUGAAAAGUUUAAGAAAGCGGGAGCAGAGGUUAUUGGUAUUAGUGGUGAUGACUCAUCUUCUCACAAGUCAUUCAAACAGAAGUACAAACUUCCUUUCACUUUGCUAAGUGAUGAGGGUAACAAGGUGAGAAAAGACUGGGGAGUUCCUUCAGAUCUCUUUGGAGCUCUUCCCGGGAGACAAACCUAUGUUCUAGACAGAAAUGGAGUUGUUCGGCUCGUUUACAACAAUCAAUUUCAGCCCGAGAAGCAUAUUGAUGAGACCCUCAAGUUUCUUCAAAGCCUUUGAGCAAAUUUCUUUGAUAUUAGAUUCUGUGAAUCCUUUAUCCCUUCUCUUAAUACUCAUGUAAUUGUGAGUCAUUGGUUCUCCAAUGUAUGUCUUAGAUCAUCUUUCAUUGCAAUACUUGUGAAUUUUUGAUAAACUCUUUCAAGUUUCAACAAUUAAUUGCAAUAAAAUGUGAGAAUAUUAUAAUUCGGCAAAUA